CCUUCCUCUGUGUUUUUCUCUCUGCUUCUCUCCACAUCUCUUUCUCGUCCACUCUGGGUAUCUCCCCCCACCUCCGCCCCGUGGCGGUCUGUCUGGCACGCGCACGCCCUGGGGCCUCUGCCCUUGUCAGUUGCCCCUGACGGUCCUAGUUCCCUUCUCCGUGCGUCAGUCUCCAGACUUGAAAACUGGGCACUCCCCGCCGAAUCGCAGCCAUCCGUGGGCCAAGCUCAGGCGCGUCCUGGCACCGGGCCGGGCGGAAGGGAACUUGUCCAGGGCCCGCAGGGCUGCUCCGGGGGCGUGCGUCCGGGAAGCGCCCCUCCUGGCCACGCCCCUGGGGCACGCCCCCCGGCCCUAUAAGAAGCUGGUUCUGCCUGCCAGCCACAGCCUGGUUUCAGCGCUCCGACUCGCGGCCGACCUUUUCAUGGCCACCCGUGCCACUAUGGAUCUCACUGCCAUCUACGAGAGCCUCCUGUCGCUGAGCCCUGAAAUACCAUCCGACCACGGAGAGUCCAGCCCAGGCAGGGGCUCCUCGGGACUCUGGAGCCUGAGCUCAUCGGACAGCAGCUCGUCUGGGGUCCCCUCUCGCCUGCCUGGCCGUUCUACCAGCUUGGUGGAGGGCCGCAGCUGUGGCUGGGUGCCUCCACCCCCUGGCUUUGCACCCCUGGUGCCCCGUUCAGGCCCUGAACUGUCGCCCUCACCCACCUCGCCUACCUCGACUCCCGCCACUUCCUCCCGCUACAAGACAGAGCUAUGUCGGACCUUCUCUGAGAGUGGUCGCUGCCGCUAUGGAGCCAAGUGCCAGUUUGCCCAUGGCCUAGGUGAGCUGCGCCAGGCCAAUCGCCACCCCAAGUACAAGACCGAACUCUGCCACAAGUUCUACCUCCAGGGCCGAUGCCCCUACGGCUCACGCUGCCACUUCAUCCACAACCCCAGCGAGGACCUGGCCGCCCCAGGCCAACCUCAUAUGCUGCGCCAGAGUAUCAGCUUCUCUGGCCUGCCCUCAGGCCGCCGAACCUCACCACCACCAGCUGGCCUGGCAGGCCCUUCCCUGUCCUCAUGCUCCUUCUCACCCUCCAGCUCCCCACCACCACCUGGGGACCUUCCACUUUCACCUUCUGCAUUCUCUGCUGCCCCUGGAACUCCUGUGGCAAGAAGAGACCCCACCCCAGCCUGUUGUCCCUCCUGCCGAAGGGCCACUCCAGGCAGUAUCUGGGGGCCCUUGGGUGGCCUGGCUCGGAGCCCCUCUGCACACUCCCUGGGAUCUGACCCUGAUGAAUAUGCCAGCAGUGGCAGCAGCUUGGGGGGAUCUGACUCGCCCGUCUUUGAGGUGGGGGUUUUUGGGCCACCCCAGCCACCUGCAGCCGCCCGAAGACUCCCCAUUUUCAAUCGAAUCUCUGUUUCUGAGUGACAAGCGCCUGCCCAGUACAGAUCAGCUGGAUCUUUAGGGGAGCCACUUGUCUUGUACCCUGGGCUCUGCGUGGGCCCUGGGGCUAAGGGGACCUGGGGGAUUCUUAAUGAAGUAGUCCUCCUUCCAAAUUGCAUUAACCUAUUCCCUCUGACCCACGCUGGGGCAGGUCCUCAGUGUGAAGCUCAGUGUUCAUGGUGUUAGGGGAUGAGUAUUUUCUGGGGUCCUUUAAAAAAAAAUGUAGCAUAUUUGAGGGAGGCAGUGAGCCCUCUCCCUGCAUCUCUCCCCUGCCCAAAUCUGUCUCCUGGAAUCUUAUGUGCUGUGAAUAAUAGGCCCUCAAUGCCCCUUUCCAAUUUUUCCCAGACUUAAGGUUCCAGUCACUUUGACUGGAACCUUCUCUGAGGGGGAAUCCUGGUGCUCAUAUUUCCCUCCAAAAGGAAGUAGCCAAAGCCGUUGCCAAAUCCCUCCUCCAAAACAAUGGGCCCUUUAUUUAUGACGACUUUAUUUAUUCUAAUAAGAUUUUAUAGUAUUUAUAUAUAUUGGGUUGUCUGCUUCCCUUGUAUUUUUUCUUCUUCUUUUUUGUAAUGUUGAAAACAAUGGUAUAAUAUUAUAAGUAUGCUAUAAUAAUAUAUUAAGUAAUAUAUAUUGUUACCUUAAAUGUCUAUUUUUGUGUUGUUUUUUUUUUUUUGAAUUUUUAAAUAAAAGGAAUCUG